AUGUUCCGCUCAACCCUCCGCCCCCUGGCCUCAAUGGCAACAGCCACAACCUCGCGCCGCACCACCACCACCCCUCUCCUCACCACCCUCCGCCCCGCCGCCGCCGCCCAAUCCCAAUUCCACACCUCCCCGCGCCUGCUCAUCAAGCCGGGCGACCCGCUGCCCGACACCGACGCCCUCAUGGAGAACACCCCCGGCCAGCGCGUCAACCUGGCCGAGGAGGCCCAGCGCGUCAACAACAUGCUGCUGAUCGGCGUGCCCGCGGCGUUUUCUCCGGCGUGCUCGGCGACCCAUGUGCCCGGCAUGAAAGCUUGGGGUGAGACGUUGGAUCCGGCUGGUGAUCAAGGGAUCCGUUUCUUUGCCGACCCGACCGGCCGGUUCACCAAGAUGCUGGAUAUGGCGUUCGACGGGUCGGCCAUCUUCGGUGGGGACCGGUCCAAGCGGUACGCCAUUGUCGUUGAGCAGGGCAAGGUCAAGUCGGUUGCAGUCGAGCCUGACAACACGGGUACCUCUGUGUCGUUGGCGGAGCAGGUGCUGGGCGCUGUUACCCCUUAA